AUGAUCCCCAACGGCGGUCGUCAGAAUCCAUUCUCGUGUGCAGUGAAAAGAGAGUCCGAAACUUUUCGGGGCGCUACUUCAUAUACGCCUGAGGAAUUUGAAAGAAUUCAAGAGAAACUAAGUAAACAAUUAGGCCCAGAAUUCAUAAGUUCUCGACCUGGUCCCGCUGGAGCUGGAAAAUUAAUUUAUAUUGAGGGGUGGAAGUUAAUUAAUUUAGCCAACAGUGUCUUUGGCUUCAACGGGUGGUCGUCCAGUAUUGAAGAUCUUACUGUCGAUUUUGUUGACUGUUCUGACACUGGUCGUUAUUCCGUUGGUGUAUCCGCUAAUUGUAAGGUGAUUCUCAAGGACGGUACUUAUCAUGCGGAUGUUGGUUAUGGAUCAUGUGAAAAUCAAAAAUCCAAAGCUGCAGCAUUUGAAAAGGCGAAGAAGGAGGCUAUGACCGAUGCAUUGAAACGAGCUUUGAGAACGUUUGGUAACAUGUUGGGGAAUUGCCUUUACAGCAGAAAUUAUACAGCAGAAAUUGUAAAGAUAAAAACACCUCCGGUUAAACUCGAUGUCAACAAUUUAUAUCGAUUGCCAGAAUUUUCACGACCUAAUGAUUCUUGUAAAAAUGUUACCGGUCAAGGAAAUAACGCGAAUGAAAUUUCUUGCACCCAACGUGAGGGUGUUUCCUCUCUGUCAUAUUCCAAGAAUCAAGAUCAAAGUCAUAAUAGGAGUUCUAUUGCCUCUUCAUCACAACAUUUAAUAAACAAUUGCUCUCAGAAUAUCUUGAAUCAGCCGUUUAAUAAAUCCAAUAUACAAGCUACAUUUGGAAAUCCAGAUUCGCGUCAGACAAAUCAAUUGCAUAAUUCGCCAAAUCAAUCAAAUAACACAAGUCAUACGAGCAGAUCAUUGUCAUUGAGAAAACAAGUAACAGGUAACGGAACUAGUGCAGCAACCGAUCUUCAUAAAACCACAGAUAGAGAAAAUACAUCGGAUCCCCAAGUUAGCACUUCUUUUAACACAUUCGGAACACAAGCUACAAAUGAAAAUGUCUCAAAUCAGACUGGCGAUUCUAAAAAUAGUAAGGUUCCAAUUUACAAGUCGGCAAAUCAGAUUCAUAACAAAGAUGGUUCAACUGGUCCCUCCUUGAAUCAAGCUAAUCGUGAAAGUUCAUCGGCAGCUUCAGAGAAUGUGUCUACGAGUAAGUCAAUCUUUUUAAAUAUUCGUUCAGAAAAGGCAAAUGUCAAGGCAGAGUCGGUUUCAACUCCGGUAAAGGAACUUCCAAAUAAGAACUCUAUUCCGACUAAACCAACUGGCACCGAUUUGGAUAAACCAAGUCCGGCAACGAUCGCAGCAAUGUAUGCAGAAUUUGACGACAAAAUGGGAUCUUUUUUUUCAGAUUUUAUGGUGGAUGAGACUGGUAUCGAAUUUGAUGAUAGUUUUAUGUUUUCCUGCGCCGCGGAUUUUCAAAAUGCUCGGACAAACCAAUCUCCAUUAUCAAAAGAUUGUCUUGUAUUCGAUGGUGAUUGUAGUCCUAUAAAGAGAACGGAAAAAAACUUUACUUACGAGGGAGUACCAGAUCUCAAUUCCCCUGACGAAAAAUUUGUUCAAAUGAAAGCUCAAACAAAUUGCAAUUUUACAUUGUCUCCACAAAAGACCAAGGCAUCCCCAAAAAAGCAGGUUCAAAAUCAUAGGAAGGACUUAAAAUUAAGUGACAGCACGAAUGUUGAUCAGAACACCGGGAAAAAAAGGCUGAAUCCAAGCGAGAAUGCAUUUGUCAAAUCUGUAGCCCCGAAAAUUGUUUCUAAUUUCAACGAGUUGAAUCAAUCUAUGAAGAAAAGAAGAGUCUAG